AUUUAGUAAAACACACUCCAAUCAUAGAUAAGAUAAUCUUCGGAUUUAUUUAGAUGGAAUAAAGUCAAAAUAAGUAUAAAAGGGUAAAUUAGAACAAAGAGAAAUCAUUCAUUUUUGAACCAUCACCAAUCAUGUUGUUCAAAGCUGCUUUAGUUUGCUGUGCCCUUUUCGUGGCUACUGCCCAAGCUGGCAUUACUGGACGUAUUGUUGGUGGCAAAUAUGCCGAACCCGGCCAAUUCCCAUACCAAAUUUCUCUACGUUUGUUGGGUGAACACAUUUGCGGUGGAUCAAUCAUUGCAGAAAAAUUCAUUUUGACCGCUGCCCAUUGUGUCGUUGAUACCGAAAAUAAUUUAGAACCGUACCCAGCUGAAUACUUCUCCAUCCGUGCUGGUACCAAUGAUCGUCUCCAUGGUGGUGUUGUUGUAAGAGUACAAGCUAUUACCGUCAAUGAUAACUACGAUGGUGAUGUUGUUUCCGAUGUUGCUGUGAUUGAACUUGUUAAGCCUUUGACUUUCUCAGAAAAAAUCCAACCCAUUGAAUUGGCUUCAGAAAAAGUUCCAUCAGGAUCCGAAGUCAUCAUCUCCGGAUGGGGACUUGAAGAAACCAACGCUAAGACCCCACCAGUCAAAUUGCAAUACAACAUUGUCAAGGCAAUCAGCUCAUUGAAGUGUUUGACCAAAAUUGGACUUUUCACUGAACAAAUUUUGUGCUUGGAACACAAAGCUAACAAUGGAGCAUGCAGUGGUGACUCUGGUGGCCCAGCUGCCUACAACCAUCAAUUGGUUGGUGUUGCUGGAUUUGUUGUGCCAAGUUGUGGAACAGCUAACCCUGAUGGUUAUGCUAGGGUUUCAAUCCAUGCUGAUUGGAUUAGGUCGAUCAUUAAUGCGUAAAAAUGUGUAAAGAAUUUUGUGUUCUCUGAAUAUAAUUAUAAUUUUUAAUUG